AUGCUGUCAGCCGGCGGCAUGCAUUAUUCCCAGGGCUUUGGCCGCAUGUCGAGUGCCAACAUGGUGACACACCACGACCACAACCAAGCUCCCAUGUCCGGACUGGAUGCUCUGGCACAAGGAUCGCAGUACGCAUUGCAGCAGCUCCACGACUCGCACCUGAAUCCAGCUCCGCAAGAGCACGAUGCAUUUAGCCAGAAUCAGAACGGCCAGGACCAGAGCGCGAGCAACAAGGGCAGUAGCAAUGGAGCACCGGUGCGACGACGAAUCAGCCGUGCGUGCGACCAGUGUAACCAGCUAAGGACCAAGUGCGAUGGCAAGACGCCUUGCGCGCACUGCGUGGGUACGUUGGCAAGCCGCUUUCACACUCGACCACGCCCAGCUGAGACCAAGCCCCGACUAACGCGUCAUGAUAUACAGNAAUUUGGUCUUACGUGCGAAUACAACCGCGAGCGCAAAAAGCGAGGCAAAGCUUCGCGCAAAGACAUUGCUGCCCAGUCUCAGCAUCCCGCGACCGCAAAUUCAGACAAUGGCGGAAACGACAGUCCCAAGUCGAGCAACGAGCAAUCCGCUCCCCCGGAAAACGCCACCGACAUUGCCCAGAACUCGCUCAAGCGCCGGAGGUCGAGCAUCCACCAUGUACCUCCACCACCGCAGCAGAGAAGGGCCUCGAUGACCGUACAGAAUCCACAGACCCUGGCCCCACCUCUACCUCCACCUCCUCCACCAGCUCAAGCACAGCAACCACAGCCUCAACCACAGUCGCAGCACCAUCUACCGCCGCUGAAUUUGAAACAAGAUGCCGUUCCGGGUGCUCCAAACGAUCGCUACUCCAACGUACGCGCCUCGGUCGACGGCCAAAACCAGUCUGGUAUCUUGCCCAAUCCUCGCGCAAACCACUCGGCGAUGCCUGAUCGAACUCCCGUUGGCGUCACCAACUACUCAGGCCCGAUGGAUGAAUAUCACCGUAGUGUACUGCAACAACCUCCAUCUGCUGUAGCCCAUCACCCCAUGAUGCCUGCUGGUGCUGCUCCCCUCUCCGCUCCACUUGCCUAUCCAAAUGGCAUGACCUUCAAUCCCGAGAGUCCUUAUGCUGUACCAAGCCCGCAGAGCCAAAACAAUAACUUCAACACAAAUUUCCGGAUGGGCGAGUCGCCUAUCUCUGCUCACGGUCUGAUGGGCACCUCACCACAUGCCGGCUCUCCUGGAUGGCUACAGCUGCCUUCUCCUUCUGCCGCUUUGUAUACGAAUUUCCAACAACCCCACAAUCAGACCUUGCGCUAUCCUGUUCUCAAGCCCAUCCUUUCCAGGAUAUCAGCCAUCAUACCAAUCAGCCUCGCAUGCGACCUCUUGGAGAUCUAUUUCUCGAGUUCAUACAGCAAGUUCAUCCAGCCCGCCUCUCCUUACGUUCUUGGUAUUAUCUUCCGCAAGAACUCUUUUCUACGCCAAAACAACCCUCGAACAUGCAGUCCUGCUCUGCUUGCGAGUAUGCUAUGGGUUGGUGCUCAGACUAGCGAAUCUGCUUUCUUGACCUCUCCUCCAUCGGCCAGGGGCAAAGUGUGCCAGAAACUUCUGGAGCUUACAGUCAGUCUUUUGCGCCCCCUAAUUCACACACCAACAGAGGGCUCCACCCAAGCAGCUAAUCCUGUUGUGAACGGUGUUGCACUUGGAGGGUUUGGUGUAGCAUUGCACACUGCAAGGCAUGAUAGUGAGGGUGGCUCGACAGGUGCUGCGGGAGCUCUAGACGACGUCGCGACAUACAUCAACCUGGCCACUGUUGUUUCGGCUAGCGAGUAUAAAGCUGCUAGUUUGCGCUGGUGGAACGCAGCUUGGUCUCUGGCCAGAGAGCUCAAACUCGGUAGAGAACUUCCCNCUAACCCGGAUCCCUCAAUGCAACAGGACGAAAGCGCGAUCGCCGAAGGAAAUGCCGAGACCGAUAUGGGUAUGAACGGUCAGCAAGGCUUCAACUCACGACGAUUCAGCGGCAUGCCUGCAUCCGUGUCGCAACCAGGCGUCGUGACCGAAGAAGAAAGAGAAGAGCGAAGGAGAGCCUGGUGGCUACUAUACAUUGUCGAUAGGCAUCUUGCACUUUGCUACAACAGACCGCUUUUCCUUCUGGAUGCUGAGUGCGAAGGCUUGCUGCAGCCUGAAGACGAGUCCUUAUACCAGGCAGGCGAGUACUACACGAUCGAAAAUAUGCCAGAAACGUAUUACCGACGAAGAGGUCCACCAUUGGAAUGUACAGGACAUAGCAUCUUUGGUUAUUUCCUGCCGCUAAUGACCAUCUUGGGAGAGAUUGUGGACCUGAAUCAUACUCGUAAUCAUCCUCGAUUUGGUAUGCGAUUCAGGAACGGAACAGAUUUGGACGAUAUGGCACACGAAAUUAGUCUCCAGCUGGAUUCAUAUGGUCGCAGUCUGGAAGCGUUCGAAGCUCGCUUCAUCCCGGCUGAUGGCACCAACCCUGACGGCACGCAUGUCGACAACGCCAGUCCUUCAAACCAAUCUACGAGCAGCAACCGCAUCACCGAGACUAUACUUCUUACUAAGACGAUUGUGGCCUAUGGAACGCAUCUAAUGCACACGCUACAUAUUCUUCUAAACGGCAAAUGGGAUCCCAUAUCUCUUCUAGACGACAACGAUCUAUGGAUAUCUUCACAAUCGUUUGUUUCGGCUACGGGACACGCUGUCUCGGCUGCCGAUGCCAUCAGUGGUAUCUUGGAUUAUGAUCCAGAUCUCAGUUUCAUGCCUUUCUUCUUCGGCAUCUAUCUUCUUCAGGGUAGCUUCCUGUUGCUGUUGAUUGCCGAUAAGCUGCAAGGAGAGGCCAGCGCGAGUGUUGUCAAAGCAUGCGAGCAGAUUGUCCGAGCACAUGAAGUCUGCGUUGUGACUUUGAAUACCGAGUAUCAGAGGAAUUUCCGUAAAGUCAUGCGUAGUGCUUUGAGCCAGGUCCGUGGACGCAGUCUCGAAGACUUUGGCGAACAACAGCAACGCCGCAGGGAGGUGCUUGCAUUAUAUAGGUGGACAGGAGAUGGCUCCGGGUUGGCGUUGUAG